AGACAAAAGAUGGGUACCCAGGGAUACCACGUUAAGGCCAGCUCCAAAUCCUAGAGAAGAAAAGAGUCUUGAUUCUUGGCAGAGAUCUAGUGAUAGAAGCAGAAAUGAUUUAAACAGUAAAUUGUUCUGAGGAACAUCCUUCUCAUGCUGCAAAGAGAACUAUUUCAGUCCCCUGUAAAGUUUCAAGCCAGGUGUUCAAAAGAUGCAGGGGAGCUUUUUUAAUGUCCCAGUUGUGGGUAAGUAUGAUCUUGCAGGAAUUUAUGGUCAAGUAACCAAAAAAAGCCAGCACAUGGACUUAAGUCAGCAGAAUAUGAACAAUGCAGUGGAUCUUAAAAGACAAUUAGGCUGGCCUCAGUCAGAAAGCAUUGUUCAUGGAGUUAAUCAGAGAAAUGGUUUAAGUUCACAAGGUCCAAUGCUACCAUUGGCACUGACGAAACAGGAAGUUUGUUGGCAAAAUCAGCUAUCUGGCACCCCUUCCACCUGGAGGUGGAACCAGCCUUUGGAUAAUGGGUUCUUCGUCCGUGAUGAUGCUCAACGGGGCAUAUUUGAAUCCAAUGUUGGUUCACUCUCCGAUCAUAGCAAGGAAUGCAGAAGUCACAACUAUGAAGCUUGCUCUGGUAUUGGAAUGGGAUUGGUUGCAAAUCGUAAUCCCAAUGGCACUACACCGAAGAUUGAGACUCCAAGUUUUGAAGAGUAUCAUUCGCCUCCAUCAAAACGUGCCAAGACUCAAUCUACUCAGUCUGGAACUAUCACAUCACCAUUAACAUUCAUGGAUAUCGGAAUGACAUCUCAAGGAUUCCUCACAGUUUGCCAGAGAGUUAAAACAUCUGCAAUUGCUGAAAGCACUGCCAAAUCUUGUGAUAGUAAGCCAGAGGUUCAAAUGAGUACUUAUCCUAUCUGGCCAGAAGUGAGAAUUGCUCAAUGUAGAGAAGAAAAAUUACCGGAGCCAGAUGUGAAAUGUGAAGCUACUGAGAAAUCAAUUGCAGUUUCUGAUAAUACGGUACAACCGCAGAUGAGUGGUGUCUCUUUAAUUGAAUCUUUCACUCCGGAACAAAUCAAGGCACAUAUUGCAAGCCUCAGAAGUUCUAGUGAUCAGUGUAAAGAAGGCAUGAAAAGGUACCAAGGGACGGAGCAUGAAAGUAAUGAAAACUUGUGCAGUUUGUGUGAGAAGGAGCAGAUUAAUUUUAUGCCUACACCAAAUAAUAAAUUCUGUGCAUCAUGUUUGAACCAUAUAAAUCCCUUGGUUGUCUAUUAUUCCACGGGAAGUGCUGCAGUGUCCAAAGAUGAUCUUACUGAAGACAAGUUCAUUUGCCGUAAGUGCUUUAGUGUCCAGAACAAGAAUAUCAGGAUUGAUGGACGAGAUAUUCCCAAGUCAUCUCUUCAGAAGAAACAGGCCUAUGGAGGGGAAGGUGCUACAUGCGAGCCAUGGGUGCAAUGUGCUAGAUGCAAAGCUUGGCAACAUCAGAUAUGUAGCCUGUUUAAUGAGACAAGAAAUCAGUCAGAACUAACCGAGUACCUUUGUCCCACUUGCAUUUUGCAUGGAAGUGAAAAUGGCGAGAAGCUAUUGAACCAGACUAAGGCUUAUGGAGCAAAAGACUUGCCAACAACCAGGCUUAGUGAUCAUAUAGAGAAAUGGCUCUCCCAGAGCCUUAAAAAAGAACGGCAAGAAAGAGCACAGAGUUUGGGAAAAAGUUAUGAGGAGGUACCAGGGGCUGAAGAUCUUUAUGUCAGAGUGGUGUCAUCAAUUAGUAAGAUUGUUGAAGUAAAACAAUUUUUCCGUGAGACCUUUCAAGAAGAAAAUCACCAGUCAGGAUUUCCUUACAAAUCAAGGGUCAUUUUGUUGUUCCAAAAAAUCGAAGGUGUAGACGUGAUUAUCUUUGCCAUGUAUGUCCAAGAAUACGGAACAAAAUGCCCACUGCCGAAUCAAAGACAUGUUUGCCUUUCAUACUUAGACUCAGUUAAAUACUUCAGGCCUGAGAUAAAAACUGUGAAGGACGAGGCUCUUCGGACGUUCGUAUAUCAUGAAUUGCUGCUUGGGUAUCUGGAUUACUGCAAAAAGUCUGGUUUUACUAGCUGCUACAUAUGGGUUUCUCCUCCCAAGAGGGGAGACAACUAUAUCCUAUAUUGCCAUCCAGAAACACAGAAGACACCAGAGGCUAAGAAGCUCCGUGACUGGUACUUGAAGGUGAUACACAAGGCUGAGCAGGCAAAAAUUGCUGUGGGCCACAGCAACUUUAGUGAUGGCUUUUUGGAUGAAAAGUGCCGCACGAAUAUUACUGCAACUCGCUUGCCAUAUUUUGAUCAAGAUUACUGGUCUGAACAAGCAGAGGAGAUCCUAAAAAAUACACAAAAAAUGUCUAUGGUUAUCAACAGCCAUAACCCUUCAAUGACCCUGAGGUCUGCUGCACAUGAUACUAAUCAAGAAAUGACAAGAGAGCAGAAGGAUGCUUAUCUAAUAAAUGAGCUAAAGGUGAAGAUGAGGCCCAAGGAUAAUUUUAUCAUGAUCCAUCUGCAGCAUUGCUGCAAGUCUUGCUGUAAACCAAUUUUAUCUGGAAAGCUAUGGAUCAGCAAUCUUCGAAAAACCUUCCAAAUCUGUGAAAGGUGUUAUGAUAACCUGAAGAAUCUCAACAAGCAGAACAUACAUUCAACUGGCAAAGAGGUGGAACAUGAGUUUUAUAUGGUCGAGGUGGAGAAAGUUUCUUCAUUUUUAAAUGAUGAAGAUAAAACUUUGUCAUGUCAAAUUUUCAGCACAAGAGAGGGGUUUUUGAACUAUUGUCUACAAAAUCACUACGAGUUUGGUACUCUCCGUCGGGCGAAGCAUUCCUCCAUGAUGAUCCUGUACAAUCUCCACACGGCCAAGUGCAACACAUGCAGCAACACGAUCGAACCUGCUUUGGGCUGGCAGUGCAUGACUUGCUCUGGAUUUCACAUAUGUGAUUCUUGUUAUCAGAAAGAUGGUUGUUCAUCACAUGAUCAUCAAUUGGUACCGCGCGCCAACGCCACUAGCUUUUUUUCACACAGCAAGGAGACCCAGUCAAAGUUAUAUUGGCAGAGUGUGGUCAGGGAUCUGGAACUAGCUUUGAAGUGCAGUGAAACCAAGUGUAGCCAUGCACAUUGCCGUCAGUUUCGGGAACUAUUCAGCCAUACUAAUGAUUGCCGAAUUCGUGUUAAUGGGGGUUGUGUAAACUGCAAAAGAGCUCAAUUUGUCAUGGUUGUUCAUGCCAAGUAUUGCAAAGAUGGGAAUUGCCGGGCGCCAAGUUGCAGUAAAAUGAAGGCUUAUCUUCGGGAGCAGAACAAGCGAAAAUUGCAGGAGGCAAAAGAUGUUUGUGUUGAUUGACAAUUUCCGGCUAAUGACAGCAGAGACAGAGACAAUCUUUGGCUAAUUAAACUUGCAAACAUUAUACAACAUGCAACUGUAUACAUAAUAUUGUGAUAGUGAUUUUAAUUAAUUUGAGAAAAAUGAUUCGCAAGAGAGUCAUCUUCAUUAUCAGAUUGUUUAAUUAGCUGACAAAGUCGAGAUCAAAUGCCAUUUUGCCCUGUAAUUAUUUGUCCAGGGGUUUUAGUUUGGCAUGUAGUCAAUUGUAUUUUGUAUUUUGUAAGAUAAU